AUGGAUUGGCAUGAUACAUCCUGUCGCAAACUUGAUCUCUUUGAGUGCGACGGCCUCCGGAGUUGCAUGGGCUGCGGGUCGACUGACACGAAAUUGAGUCCCGCCCCAUCACCUAUCACUCCCAUCCCAGCACUCCCGCCCAUCAGGCGUGACAGAAAAGAAGUCAGGCUUCUUCGCCUCCCAGCAGGAUCAUUCGCCGACGAGAUCCGCUGCCACGUUGUCGUGGGAGACCUCAGCUUCAAUACCGAAUAUAUUGCCUUAUCUUACACUUGGGCGGACGACAACGGGGACGACACAAAACAUGGGUCCAUUUUGGUGGACGGCAGACCAUUUCCAGUCACAAAAAAUUGCGAGUUCGCCUUACGAAGGGCGCGCUCGGAAAUCCACACGAUCGUCAUCUGGGUGGAUGCUAUUUGCAUAGAUCAAGACAAUGAUGAAGAGCGUGGGCACCAGGUGAAACUGAUGCCUCAGAUAUACUCCCGCGCACAGAGCGUCCUGAUAUACGUUGGAGAAUCGACCAAAAGAAACGUCUGUGACAUAGAAUCCCUGAAGGCGUUCGAUAUCCGCGUCACCUUGGAACAGCUUUUCUCGAGGAGAUAUUUCUCCCGUGUUUGGAUUCUUCAGGAGAUAGCCUUGGCCAAAACAGCUCUAUUGGUAUCCGGUAACGACUCAAUUCCUUGGGCAAGGGUGGUUGAAGCGGCUGGAAGGGUGAUCGAAUUGGAUGAACGACCCCCUGUCCUGGACUUAAAUCGACAAGUAUGCCUGCUACCAAGGCAAGAGUUGAGACUCCUAGACUUGGGUAGGCAGUCUCAAGCAACAAAUCCGCGAGAUAAAGUAUUCGCUCUCCUUGGACUGUUGCCGAACAGGUGCAUAGGCCAGGUUGAAGCUGACUACACCCUGACCGUCGAGGAGCUUUACACAAAGGUCGCGCUGGAAUUGGCUUCAAGUUACGAUUGGUCCGACGUCCUGGUGCGGGCAGGGGCAUGUCAACGAACAAUAUCGGCAUUGCCAUCAUGGGCGCCAGAUUGGAGUUUUAAUAGAUUGCCUGACCCGAUACGCUGGAAAUCCAAUGAGCCGAAUGCAGCAGCUCAACUGCGCGGUCCAUGGGCACGCCUGGGAAACAAGGGCCGAAGCCUCAAUGUCCGUGUUUUUCGAGGCAAAAAUUCCCGUAUGAUGUCCCCAGACAUCGGAUACCAUGAGACGCUUCGCUGGUACGCUCCGCUUUCAUGCAAGUCACGAUCAUCCACAUAUUUGUGGAUUGACAAGAGCGAUAUAAUCGCAAAAACGACCAUGGGGGGGCUUUGGUCCCUUAACAUGGACUUACCACAAUCACCUAUACAUGUUUACUUUGAUCAGAGCUGUGUCAUGCUUGACCUCGUACCAGACUUUGACGGCACAUGGACUCUGUGGCAGGCGUCUUUGGAGCCACAAACCCACUAUUGUAUACCGAUCGAAGAUGCACUAGAUCUCUCUACUCUCAACUUGACUCGCUCGGAACAACUGAAACCAGCCACAUUUCUGAGCCCGCAAAUACUAUCUCCAUCUUUCGCUGAAGCUCCAGAAGAGGAUAUGUGGAUGAUGAGGUUCUACGGGCCAACUGACCGUCGAGGUUUGAAUUUAAGCUCGACAUUUACGGGCCACGCAUCAGUAAUCGAGGCCAAUGAUAGAUUCUGGCGGUAUCUAGUGCGGAAGUACCUCGUGCGAGAAGAAUGGGUUAAAAUAUACUGA